AUGGAUCUGUUUGAUGGCAGAGAUUAUAUGGCCUCCAACAACGAGGACAACGAAAUCGACCUCGAAACCAUCAACUCCGAGAUACCGCCUGCGCAAUUCAACCCACAGAUUAUGCCGGAGCUAGGGGAUCAGCUCUCUGUAUCGGAAAAUACAAGCAUUCGAUCAAAUGAGCUCGACAGUAUUCUCGGCACUCACCCGACUGUUUCUGAACCCGUUUCUUCGUCCUUCGAAAUGAUCACUUCCUCCGCUGCACCGAUUCAAUCUGAAGUUCCGAAACCGAUUCCAUCCGCAAUGCCGAUUACUCGACCAAAAAAGCUUAUUUAUGAAUACGAAGAACCUUGCCCGAUUUGUGGCGAUAAGAUUACGGGAUAUCACUAUGGAAUUCUCACAUGCGAAAGCUGCAAAGGAUUUUUCAAGAGAACCGUGCAGAAUAAGAAGACUUAUCAAUGUGUGGAUAUGGGAGAUUGUGUGAUCAACAAGAUUCAGAGAAAGAGAUGUCCUGCAUGUCGAUACCAGAAAUGUAUGCGAAUGGGAAUGAAACUAGAAGCCAUCCGAGCAGACCGUCUUCGCGGCGGCCGAAACAAAUUUGGGCCUCUUUACAAACAUGAUCGAGCCCUGAAAAUGCAGAACAAAACCAUCAGUCUUCAGGCUCCAUCAUCAUCUCUUUUAGCUGCUACGAGUCAAAAUGACUCUCCAUCAACGUCAAAGGGUAUUUUCGACGAGCAUUUGAGCAUACAAGGGACGACUGAAAAUACUGGUUUUGCUCAGCCACCUCAGAGUCAACAAGGAGCGAUUCAAGGCCAUCCUAUGAACCAUGGGAAGGCUUCGUCUAAUCCACCUUCGGUCACAUCUGAAAGUGUUCCAAGAAGAGUGACAGUUACUGAAUGCGAUAACUGCUCGCAGACGUCAAGUUCUUGUGGCAAAAUUCGCCGCGAAAGUGGCCCCUCUAAUUCUCAUUUCAACCCCUACAGAGUUCCUCCUCAUUUCUCUCUUGAACGGGACUACGAGUCACACAUGCGCCAACAAGAACGAGCGCUUGAUCGGCUGUUUUCUGAGCGCGAUUCUAGAGGAGGCCCUGGUCCGCGGUAUCCUUACGAUCUUCCAGGAUAUCCUCCUUUUCCGCCACAUCCCUCUGACAGCGAAAGGUUUUCUUGGUACAGUGCGUAUGCUGACUCGAGAUACUUGCAUGGCUCGAUGCAUGGGCUGAGAUCAGGAUUGCCGAUUCCACCAAGAAGUUUCAUGAGACAAUUCGAAGAAAAUCGAGAAUUCUUCCGCCAUGGAGAGUCCCCUUAUUCCCGUUCCCGAGAUCAUCAAUAUCCACCACAGUCAACUUCCCAAAGAAGCAAUGAUCAUCGCUUUCCUCAAACACCCCAUGGCUCAACCUGGCCAUAUCCUCCACGAGUCGGUCCCGGAGCAAGUGUAGGAAAUCACGGGCACAGGCCUUCUUCACUUGAGCCAGGAGAAAGCGAUAUUUUCACGCUCUCGAAUCAGGAGCUUUUGAAAAAGAUGAUCACUCACUGGAUACCAGAAGAAUCGCUAAGAAAAGAUGCUCAACAUGCAGUCAAAGAUGUCGAUACAGUGGAUUUGGUGAAUCUCAUUGUGAAGAUGGUCGAACAGAUUUUGUAUACAAUGGUUGUUUGGGCAAAAGAAAGCAUGUUUUUCAAUCAAAUUCAUACUGAAGAUCAGAUGAUUCUUUUGCGAAAAGCCUGGAUAGAACUCAUGAUCCUCGAUCAUGUGUACCGACAAGUCUGGUUUGCUGACUCAAAUAAUCUACUACUCGUCACUGGAAGGAUCGUACCGCUCAAUGAGUUGUACAAUGCUCUUGAUGCAAGUGGGACGAAGAUUUGCGAGGACUUAUGCGACAUUUCUGAUCGAUUUCGCGAGCUUCAAAUUGAUAGAUCAGAAGUUAUGUGUUUGAAAUUUUUGAUUUUGUUCAGCUCGAAAGAAGCGCGAGGCAAUGGUCAGUUUAUGAAAAAAGUCUCCGAGCGAAUCAACUCCUGCCUCCUCGAGUACACCCAGCUUCAGUACCCAGAUUCAUCAGACCGAUACGUUCAAAAUUUAAUGCGUCUUCCAGACCUCCGAGGACUUGCAAACAAAAUCGAAAACUGGUUUGUUGACAAACUCAACCAAGGGUACAUUUCCCAAUCGUCACUGCUUGGUGAAAUUCUUCUGACAAAGAAGAACCAAUAA